GCGUGUGGGGCUGGAGAGGAGCGCUGCUCUCGCCACCACCAACAUGGAGAGUUUGUACCGAGUCCCGUUCCUAGUGCUGGAAUGCCCCAACCUGAAGCUGAAGAAGCCGCCCUGGGUGCACAAGCCCUUGGCCACGACGGUGUACGCUCUGGUGGUGGUGUCUUACUUCCUCAUCACCGGAGGAAUAAUUUAUGAUGUUAUUGUUGAAACUCCAAGUGUUGGCUCCAUGACCGAUGAACCUGGGCACCAAAGACCAGUAGCUUUCUUGGCAUACAGAGUAAAUGGACAAUAUCUUAUGGAAGGACUCGCAUCCAGCUUCCUGUUUACAAUGGGAGGUUUAGGUUUCAUAAUCCUAGACCGAUCCAAUGCUCCAAACAUUCCAAAACUCAAUAGAUUUCUUCUUAUAUUCAUUGGAUUCGUCUGUGUCCUAUUGAGUUUUUUCAUGGCUAGAGUAUUCAUGGGUUAG